GAACUUGCUCAGUCCGCAACAUGGCUUUUACAACUAUCAACAACGAUCCAUUGUUUAUGUUGGACAUUCCACCGUCAAGCUCCAUGCACCAAGACUUUCAAGACUGGCUGUAUUGGUCCAACGUGACGACAAGCUCCCUGGAAUCAGCCAUCGUAGACGCCCCAUUCGACUUCGAGAUCCUGUCGAUGCUAGCGUGUCCUAAUGAUUUAUACUCGUCGCCUUGCACUACACCCGAGUCGGAGUCAUCCACGGUCCAUUCGCCUCGAUCAGGACCCAGCUCCCCCGACUGCUCAAUUGUACAGCGAUGCAGGCAACGAACCCCGUGCAAAGUGCAAGACUGCCUAAGAACUGCCCGUCGAGGAAGGUUCUGUCCUAUCCAUGGCGGCGCCAAGUGCUGCAAGGUUAAAUCGUGCGGGAAUGCUGCUCAAACCCAGGGAUUGUGUAAAACCCACGGAGGCGGACCUCGCUGCCGAGAGCACGGGUGUGACAAGAGCAGUCAAGGGGGAGGACUAUGUCGUGCCCACGGAGGCGGCAAGCGGUGCAGUCACGUCGGAUGCAGCAAGGGCGUCCAGCGUGGCAACAAGUGCGCAACGCAUGGCGGAACGCGAAUGUGCUCUGUCGAAGGCUGCGUUCGAAUGGAUCGCGGCGGCAGUCUGUGCGAAAUUCAUAGGAAGGAACACAAGUGUGCUGUGAACGGAUGCAAACGAUUGAGCCAUGUGCUGGGCAAGUGCAAAUUGCACCUCCGCCAGCAAACCAGACAAUUGGCCGCGACCCAUUCAGGAUAAUAAAUGUUAAAUUUACUCGUAAUUUGGUAGUGAAUCAUUAUGUGUGGCUGG